UGCAACACACACACACACACACACAUGCAGCACGCACAGUUGUGUCAAAGUGCGCAAAACGGAAAGAGGCAAACAGGCCGAGACGGAUUUUCGCUCCCCCCAAACAGUUCCCAAACGCAGCCAGUGCUGGUGGGCCAGUGUAAAUUUAAACCGCCGCGAGCGAACCCACAAAGUGCAGAGAUUGUUUGUGUGCGAGUGCGAGUGUUACGGCCUGCAGUACACAGCUCCCUUUCCCAUUCCGUGCAGAAGCGUGCGUGCGUGCGUGCACUGAGCGUUGUGACAAAAACAAAACAAAACAAACCAAAGCACACGCACACCGACACACACACACACAUUCGCUCCAGCCCUGUUUUUCUCUUUAGCUUCACUCGCACUGUACGCGCGCGUGUGUGUGAGUGUGUUGGUGCUUAUUUUUAUCAAUCGAUUUGCAGAGGAGAUUCGCUGACCCCUGCCGUGGUGUGCUUCCCGGGUGUGUACAUACACACUCCCCGUGCGUUAGGUUUUUUGCACACACAUACGCGUCCUUGGCCAAAACGAAAAAGGGCAGGAAACCUCAGUGGUGGUGGUGCUGGUGUGCAUCGGUGUGUGUGUGUCUCUCUGUGUGUGGAUACGAAGAGCUCGGCCCGUGUGAUAUGGUCUUUCGGAUGCUGGAAUGCACAGCAGCACGCACAUAAAUCUCCCAGGAGAAACAUAGGCGAACAAUCAGCAACCAUCAGAAACACACACACACACACACAUACGCGGGAGCAUUCCUCGUCCAGCAAUCAGAUGAGCUAAGCUCAGCAGCAGUUGCAGAAAGAAAGCAAGCAAGCAACAGCAACAAAAAGUAAGGAAAAGGGUGGACGAACUGUGCCGUUGGAAUUUUGGGACCAGCGGCAGCCAGCAAUCACCAAUCAACCACAUCGGGGCUCGGGAAGGUCGGGAAGGUCCAUCGAACUUUUUGCCCCAGCUCCAGCACUCUCCCAUCCUACCUCCCCCUCCCCCAUACAACCCCCAUCACAACCAGCACCAAGAAAAAAGAGGAGCAAACAUGGUAGACAGCAUGUCGCAGGAUGCUGAGUCGUUCGAGAUGCUGAAAGCGCUGUACGACUUUACCGCCGUCUACCCGAAGACGAUCAGCUUCGACGAGGGCGAAUACUUCAUCCUGCAUCAGACGAGCGCCCGGCAGCGGAACUGGUGGCAGGUGGUCAGCAUGAAGGGCAACAUCGGGUUCGUCCCUUCCAACUACGUGAUGAAGCUGAAGGUCAAUCCACUCUUUCUAAACGGCUUUCUCGAAUCCAGCAUAGAAUCGUUGCGGCUGUCGACGGAGAAGGAAAUAAACGGCAUCAUCGGGCGGGAGGAACUGAUCAGCCGGCUGGUGGAGAAGAAGCGCAUGCUGGAAAAAAUGCUGAAGUACGAGCUGACGGAUAGUGAAUCGGAACCGCCCUCGCCGAUCAAGAUGAGCAACGGGCACCUGAAGCAGCAGCAGCAGCACGACGGCUCGAGCGAACGCACGGCACCGCUGAAGAACGGUCCCCAGCGACACUCGCCGCCUGCACCGUCUGAGCAGCAGCAGCAGCAGCCGGUGAUGAUGCAGACGGCGAAGAAAUCGAAAUCGAGCCCGGCCGUCGGUGGCCAGGUGCCGCCCCAGUUCAUCCAGGAAAGUCCCAGCACGGGCGUGCUGGCGACGAAGCACAGCGGCGGCCCGGCACAGACCGAGGAGCAGCAGCAGGCACCGGCGGUCGUCGCCGUAGCCGCUGCCGCGGCCAGCCAGGAACCGAGCAGCACCCUGUCCGAGCUGUCGUCCGUGUCGUCCGAGCAGACGGAGCCGACGAGCAACAACACCGCCACGACCGGCACGCUCACGACGACGAGCGACGAGAUAACGGCCAUCUCGCGCAUCGACGAUCGGGGCGGGGCGGGCGAGGAACCGUCGCUGGGUGCCGGUGCCCCGACCGAGGCCGAAAACCAGACCGAUCACGAGCUGAACGAGCUGGAGACGACCAACAACGACGACGUGACGGUGAGCGAGACCGAACCGCAACCGGUUUCGGUGCGGGAGCCGCCGCACGAUGCACCGCCACAGGAGGAGGACGAACCGGUCGGGCCGGCCGAGGGAGCGGCUGGCGGGGGCGACGGCGGUGGCAGUGUGACGGCCGGCGGGGACGAUGGUACGCUCGCGAGCGACACGGAGCGCGAGGCCGGCUCGGGCGCCGAGUGUGGCGAGAGCAGCGUGGCGACCGGCGACGAACCGGCGGAGCCGGCGGAAGAUCUGGCCAAGCAGCCGCCGGCCAGGGUGGAAGCGGCCGAGGUGUACCAGAUAGUGGACGCGAUACGCAAGGCCACCCGGCUCAGCCACGAGCUGUCCUGCGUCGCGCUGCGCGUUGUGCUGGCCGAGCUGGAGGUGCUGCUGCCGCCGGCCGUCGUCCGCCAUCUCGAGCCGGUCGCCGUCCAUCUGGCCGCCCCGUUCGACGUGCCGGACGGGCUGCUGAGCAAGACGCACGAUGCGCACCGGCUGCGGCUGAUCUUUGCCGAGCUGUCCGACUGCAAGAACGACUCGGAGCAGCGCACGUGGAUGCUGCACGAGGACGAGGCCGACAUCCGGCAGUACCUGGCCGAGCUGAUCCGCAUCCUCACCGACGCCGAUCCGAAGAUCUGCCGCAGCGAGAUGGCGUGCGACCAGUACCAGAGCAUCAUCAACCUGGUGCUGUACUACCAGAUGGAGACGCGCUGGUCGAUCCGGAAGCUGCUGCUGGCCGCGUUCCGCGCGAUGUGCCAUCUCGACUACACCACCGUCGACAUACUGCUCGGCUCGGUGCUGCCGCUCGAGCUCGUGCAGGACAUGGUGUCGAACCCGCGCAACAUCGAGAAGCUGCAGGAGCUGGCGAACAUGCUCAUCAUCAUCUUCUCGAUCGGGCGCCGGAUGCCGAUCAAUCAGCAAGAUCAUCUGCGGGCAGAUUUCAUCAUCUUUCUGCUGAACAUUAUCGAGACGCCGCCGGAGAGCGACGUCCAGGAGGUGCUGCCCGACAUCAUGAUCAACCUGAUCCUGUCGUUCAACCUGCAGUUUGACAACUUUGCCGAGAACGUGGUGCUGGAAGCGAUGGAGCAGUUCAAGACGGCCAAAACCUUUACCGAGAAGAUACUGCUGCUGAUCAACCGGGAGGAGGACCCAGUGCACACGCUGAAGCACACGCCGAUGAACAUCAACCCGGUGCUGAAGAUGCUGGUCGAUCUGUUCAGCCGCCCGGAGACGGCGUCCAUCUUCUACACCAACGACAACAAGGUGCUGAUCGACAUACUCGUGCGCCAGCUGUCCGAUCUGUCCGCCGGCGAGCCGAUUCGCAAAUGGUACCUGGAGCUGUGCCGGAAGAUCCUGCGCAACACCAACUAUCCCGAGCACCAGCACCGCAAGCAGGACCUGAUGAAGAUCUUCACCCGCAUCUUCUGCGAGGAGACGGAGUGCAGCGCCAGCGACCAGCAGAUUGUGCGCGAAAUAGCGAACGAGUUUCCGCAAAUCUUCAAAGCGUGAAGUGGUUUGGCUGCUGCUGCAGCGUGCAGCGAGUUUGUUUUCGGGCGCGGGCGAACGGUUUGCGCUGUCCUGCGCCGGCUCGAACGAUAUAUUUAUUAUUGUUAAGCGUUAAGCACACAUGAUAACACGAUGCGUACAAACGGAACCCUUUUGAUCUGAGAUAGAAAGAUUUGACGCCACACAGGAUGGAGAAAGAUGGCAAAAUAUUGAACGUUAGUGGUUUUUGUUUGGUGAUGUAAUAGCUAUGAAUUUACGGCCGAUCGUCCCUUCUCCCUGUUAUGCUAGUCAAUCCUGGCUUCUUUCACCUUCCCGCCACCCUAUUGCCCCUCUCCUCCCAUCACACAUUCCCCAUCCAGCUCUACCGGGACAUGUUUACUAAUUACGGGCCUGCUAAGCGGAACAGGCAAGCAGCAAACAAUAGUCUGUUAAACAAAAAAUCGUUCGUUAAAUACCUUCCCUGUUAAAUGCUUACAUCAAAGAGUUCUUUUUUAAGGCUACAUUUUUAACCAAACAAGUGUGAGAGAGAGAGAGAGAGAGAGAGAGAGAGAGAGAGAGAGAGAGAGAGAGAGAGAGAAAGCGUUCGAACGUCGUUUGGAGUAUGAAAUACCCGCAAAACUAUUUAUUAUUACGAUGUAACCAAACUCUUAGCUAAGCGAAAUGAGUCUGAAACCGUUUUACGGAACGAGGCAGCACAGCACACGACGGUAGCACAUUUUGUUAAACCAUGAACGCCGUGGUAGGGAACGGUUGCUGAAAGAGCAAUCUAACCAAUCCAAACCAAUAUAUUCAACCAUCCAGCCAACCCCGGUGCGUGUGCUGUGUGGUAGUGAUUUGCUUUAACAACAAAAAAAAAAAGUGCACUAGAAGCUGCUACUUGUCGGCGGGGACACGCGGUUGUUUGAUUGUUUGAUAGACCAGUGUUUAGGCCUGUUGUUCCCAUUGCCAUUGACGCGAUCUCUGUUUUCUCGCAAUCGUACGCGAAGCGAAAUGUGACUCAAACAACAACAAGGAAACUCAUAGACACACACACACACACACACACACACACACACACACACACACACACACACACACACACACACACACACACACACACACACACACACACACACACACACACACACACACACACACACACACACACACACACACACACACACACACACACACACACACACACACACACACACUGGCACAGAGUAGUUGUAGUACGAGUUAUAAAUAUCGCUACAGAAGGAUUAUUAUAAAAUAUGCUCCAUCCUUCUCACAACCCUUGCCGCGCCCAAACAGUGCAAUUUCUUCCCCACUUUUUGCGAUAUUGUUAACCGACACGAUAUAGAGGUGUGUGUGUAUGGGUGCGUGUUAAUUAGAACCCCGUAAAGGGCGACCGUAAAGCCGCUUACGUAGAAUGCAUUUAAACGCAUCCUUCCCACGCCACACACAGUUAGGGUAGAGGUACAGAGGCAAGACAAAAGGAGAAAGAGAAGAACACGCACAGGCAUUUUAUAACAAACCAAUUCUAUCAAAUUGCCUGUUAAAAAGUGAAAAUGAUGUAAGCCAAGUAUGUGUGUGUGUGUGUUACAUUUCCCCCCAAUCGAAGCAAUGAACUCUAUUACGCAAAACUCGCUUACUGUUGCGGGGAGCUUUAAAAGAAAGCGGUUGAGAUUGGCAUCGCCAGAUUGUUAUAAGCUUUAUAUUUCCCAAAUUGGCCCUUGGAGUGUGUUGGCGGUUGCAUUUUUUUUUCUUAAACUUUGCCUCGGAACAACGGACAGAUCCAAAGAUUACGUUAUAAGCCAUCAUUAUAGAGCGAAUAAGCGUUAAUUAAUUAUGUGAUACAGCAUUACUUUUACCUUUUUGUGUAGUGGCCCGUUUCGACCUAGUCUUAGCUAUCAAAGUAACCUCAUUUACACACACACACACACACACUCGCUCUCUCUCUCUCUUUUAUUAUACGCAUUCGGUAGACUUAAGCAUAUAACGCUUACACAGGCUAGGCGCAGGAUAGAACAUAAUGAAAUGAAUUUGUCAAACCCCAAAAUGUGCCAAUUAACCCACACCGAACCGUUCAUCAUACCAGGACGAGUAACCCCCCCUUCGUGAAGCUACGAACCUGCUACGAGCAGCUCCACAGCUCAUAUGAAGUGUAAUAAGUCCACGUACAAGUACAAGUACAGUAGACGGCUUAGUGUGUAGGAUUGUUUUUUUAAACGAAUAAUUUAUAACGCUUUUAAACAUUAUCGAUCGUUCGCGUUGUUCCGAUGCAGAGAGGCAUUUAAAAACGUAAAAGUGUAAAGUUGGAAAUAGAGAAAAAGAGAAGGAGAAAGAGAGAGAGAGAGAGAGAGAGAGAGAGAGAGAGAGAGAGAGAGAGAGAGAGAGAGAGAGAGAGAGGAAAAGAACGAACGCAAGUUAAUAUUCUAAAACACUGGCAAACGAAGCUGGAAUACCGCAGAGAAAGAGAGAGAAACGAAACACACAUAAAUAAGUUAAUUAGUUAAGUAAAAUUACCUUAGCGCCGACUGUUCGUUUUUUUAAAUACACGCACACACACAACCCUUCCAAAGUAUGUAAAGGAUGCCAAAUGAAAUGAACAGCAGCAAACAAAGCGAAAAAAGACGCCGUUCCGUAGUGAAAAACACAUACACACACACACACACCCAACAAACAAACUAAACCAUACUCUAAACAGUAGUGUGUGCAGUGUUGUGUUAAAGAAAAAAAAACAACAACAACAAAAAAUAGUACCCCCCCUCCCCGCCCCCCGCAAUAACACGCAAAGUCAGGCAGAGAAGAAAAACAAAAACAAAUAAUUAAACAAAUAAAUAAACAACUUUGCGAAACGUGAAUCCUACCAAACACUCGAAACACUUUUAAAUGAAAGUUAAAGAAAUGUUACUCUAAAAAAAAAAACAACAAUUCUGAUUCUGUGUCGUUUGUGCCUUUUUUUUGUGUUGUUGGUUUUUUGUUUUGCUUAAAAUAACCGAAAUUUCGAACAUAGAAAAAGAGAAAAGGCCGAAGGGAAGGUUGUUUUUCUUUUGUAUUAAUGUUUUCUCUUUGUUUUGUAAGAUUUUGUGCUUUUAUUUAAACCUCAUUAAAUUCAGCCAACGCAUGUAUUGGGGUAAAUUGGGUGUGGGUCACUCCCCCCCCCCCUCCUUCCUCCACUUCUGUUUUUUUCCCUUGGGGGAGAGCGCUUGUCCAGCGUUUGCAGCGUUUGCACGGCUUCCUGAUUUUGGUUGUGUUUGUUGGUUUGCUUUCGUUCUUUAACUUGCUUACUGUCUAUCAUUUCAUUUCAUGAAACAAUGAAACAAAAAUUAUACGUACUAGUCAUGUUAAUUAGGGGUUUUAACACACGCACGCACACCCCACACACACACACACUGACACGCAUAUAAACGCAUUAAAAACGUUUUUGCGAUGUUUCAUCUAUAUUGCUAGAAUAAAAACUUGCACAACUCGAAAAACGAUCAAUUCUGUCCUCUGCGGCGUGUGUUGCUUGUUUGUGGUGUGAUGCGGGGGUUUUGUGGGUGUGUGUGUGUGUGUGUGAACAAGAGAAAGAGAGACACAGUAAAUGUAAUUUUCGUUUUUUUUGUUUGUUUAAAUCGAUUAAUGUGUGUAAUGUGCUCUGUGCGCGCUUGUAAGCAAACCUGUCACUGAGCUUAAUUUGUUUGAAUAAUUUUCCUUUUUUGCUUCGCUGCUAAUGCUGCACACGUGCUCGCUACCUAAUUAGUCUCGAAAUUAAACACACACACACACGCGCACAGCAGCGGAAAGAAACGUAGAGAGUACUUGUUUCCACCCCCCCUCCUGGGAAGCGUGUAAAACUUCCCGUGCCCCCUUUUUUAUCGCGCGGUUUUACACAAUUGCAUUACUAAAACUAAAUUAGUUUCACCUUACACACCUAUGCAGACACAACUGUGCCUCAGCUUUCUAUUGCCACCGCCGCCGCCGCCGCCGCCGCCUGCGCGCCUAUUUGUUUCUCCUCAUUGUGUUUCAUUUUGAAUGAACUGAGCGCGCGUGCAGGCGAGAAGAGUAAGAAGCUUUCCUUUGUUUUUUUAAAAAAAAUAUUUUCCCGUAAAAGAAAACAUUCCUCGCUCGCUCACUGGAUGGGCUUGUUUUCCUUCUUCUUCUUUUACAUGCUAUUAAAUUACGCAACACACACACAUACACAGCUGUAUUCCCUGUCAUUAUAGGGUUUUCCAAGAGUUCUCAUAGCGGUGGGACGCUUAAUGAACUCUUUCUAACGUGAAAUGCACUUAAUGUAAUGGGAAUUGGACUCUAUAGCACCCUUGUUGGACAAAACCAAUAGGAAUUUCCAAGGAGCCUGUCCAAAGGGAGUGCCAUAGAGUCCAAUUACCAUAUGAAGUUCACUUCCAACAGGAAAGAGUCAAGGAAGUGUCCCACAGCUAUGAGAACCCCUGGAAAACCCUGAAUCUCCCGAAAUGUUUUUUUUUUUUCGCGAAGCACCUUUCUCUAUUUCUCUAUCUCUUUAUCUCUCUAUAGGAUAUUUUAGGUCGUUUCAUGUUUUUACACAAACAUAAUUGAGUUGUUUCGUUUGCCGAGGGGGAAGGGUUUUUCAGGGGGCGUGAGACGUGUGCAAUGUAUGGGUGUGUGUGUAUGUUUGCUUGUGUUCGUAAUAAUGAAUGCACGUGAUGAAGAAUUGUAUUUUUUUUUCAUUUCAAAACCGAACGAACUGGUGCUUCCGAGUUGUGUCGUAGCUUAGUGCACAUUGACAGACAUUUUCUUUCUCACAGUACCAAGCACACACACACACACGCGCACAUACACAUUACUCAUCACGUUGGCCAUCCAUUUCUCGCUACAGUUCUUAUUUUUGGGUUUGUGUAUAUUCUCAAACAAUAAUCUCGAACAAAACGAACGAAACAAACAAACAAAAACUUUAACUCUACAGUUUAAAUAAAUAGUUACGACGACCGCGGCGGAUGCUGAUACACUACUUGUUCAUGAUACGCCUGCCUGCCUGUCAGUCAAACCGCAAACUGCACUGUAGCACACACUCAAAAAGAUAAAGCUUGAUGACGUCAUGGGGACACGCUUGAAAACUGGCAAAGAACUAGCUAGCAACAGCCAAAAACAAGAAAAAAAGAAAGAAAAGAAA